ACCACUUUUUCUCAUCAAAUUAUACAAACGUAGUCAUGACAAUGACGCGUCAAGGUUGCGGACGUGAACCAAAGUUUCGAGAUUUAAAACAUAGUGAAGGAAAAGUCAUAUUAUCCUGUCCAAUCACAUCUAAUGGAUCCCCAUCUUGUGGUUUAUUAUAUUCUGCAGAUAAUCUUUGUGAUGAAAUCACUUCAGAAAUAUCUGUUCGAAAAUUCAUCAAUGGUCUAAAGAAAAUGGAGAACGGUGAAAGCGAAUUAAAUUUUAAAACUGUGCUGAAUCAACGAAGGCCUACUUUAACUAACGAUCCAACACUACUGUCCUCACUUCUGAAAAAGAAUGAGGCCUUGUUAAAAGAAAAUACCGAGUAUAAAUCAGUGAUUGAAAGACAAACUUUACAAAUCGAACUACUGGAAAGUAAACUCAAAAUACUCCAUGCUGACGAGAGAAAAAAUAAUAUUGAAGAAACCGAUCAGAAAACUAUAGAAAGGCUGCAGAAAUAUUGCGAAGAGUUACAAGGACAAUUCACAGAUUCUUGAAAUGAAGGAAUUUUUUCAUGACCAUGGUCUCAUGUGGAUAGGAAGACAAUCAACUGGUCAUGUAACCAGCACAAGAAAUGAAACUGGUCUAAAAUUCAACGAAACAACCUUCAGUCGCUUAGUUCAACAGAUUUAUUUAUUAAAUGAUUGGAACAACGACGCGCACAAUGAGAAAAAAUUUAUUUCAGAAUCCAAUUCAUAUAAUAUAGUUUGCCUACAAAAUCAACCACCGAUUCCACUAACUCUAUAUGCAGAUGGAUUAUGCUUUAAUUCUGGACCAUUUCGUCCUUAUAAAAAUCAUGAUACGCUACAAUUCGUCCAAGAUAUACUGGACGGUUACUUUCCAUCAGAAUUACAGUCUUCUUAUCCAAAUGGGGUUCAAUUCAAACUAACCGAUAAACACACAACUCAUUUUAUGUUAUUAAAAAAACCCACAUCAUUUUCAGCCUGUGGUUAUAAACUCGGGAUUUCUUUAACAAAUGAACAAGAUGUAGGUCAGGAAGUUUCCUUCAGUAAUGAGAAACACAUACCAAACAAUGAUAAAAACGAAGAAUUCAGUAUUGGACAAAUUGAAAAUCAAAUGAAUGCAGAAUGUAAUGCCUCAUCCAAUAAACUAACUUCAAACACAUUAAGUACUAAUGGGCGAAAUAAAUCUUUAACUUUUGAUGAAUUGCUAAAACGUUUACCGGAGUAUAAAUUAACAAAAUCUGGUCAGCUGUUAAAUAUUAGAAAAGACAUAAAAAGUGAAUUUGGUGAACAAAUUAAUGUUCCGUCAACUAGAAUAAUUAAAACUGAUUACAUAUUUAAAAAUAACACAAUAGACAAGAAUCAAGUAAAAUCAGAACUUAUAACAUUAAGGAUUUAUUCGGAAAGUGGUUUGCAAAUUUACAAUGUUGAAAUGCAUCCAGAAGAUACAAUAGGAGAGUUAUAUGCAACGUUAGAUCAUGCUAGAUCGAAAACAUUAUCAAAAACCAACAGAAAUUAUCGUCUUGUAGCUAUGUCUUUACUAAACACUGUUGAAAAUCCCAAUGAACUAUGCAAUCACCAAAUGUUAGUUGAUCUUUCUGCAACAUUGGUUGCGUGUGGCAUAGUAGAUCGUACGACGCUUCGUAUGGAACUAAUUCCACAAGAAUUGACGAAAAAUCAAUUACAUUUUGAUGUUAAUAAUGCUUUGUCAGCUAAACGGCUAAACUUAUGGAGUCAAAACGAAUCAAUAACACCAAAUGGUACAUUGAAGUAACCUCUUUAAUGAAUUGCUAAAACCAUCAGAACUGGGUUGAAUAUUUGGAUAUUUGUCACAACUUUUACAACUAGAGAAGGCACAAAUAUUUAGUAUAACAGUUUUAUGUUGAAUAAAAUAAUCGUAUCAGAA